AAGAUGUCCCACUGCAACUUUUCUCGUCAAGAUGAAGACACUGUGUCUGCUUUUUCUUUUACAUGCAAGUCUUCAGCUUCAGUGUGACAAAAAGAAGAUCACAGCAUAUAUUGGAGGUGAAUUCAUCCUGAUCUGCAAGUAUGCCAACGAGUUCCUGUACAGCAAGAAGUACUGGUGUCGAGGAGAUACCAGAAACGCUUGUGAGAUUUUGAUGGAUUCAGAGAGCAAAAACAAACACAGGUCUCUUAUAGUGGAUGCAGGAAGAAAAGGACUGUUUGUGAAAGUCACAAAUCUCCAGUUUGAUGACAGUGGAGUGUACUGGGUUGGGAUUGACAAAAUCUUUGCUGACAUCAUGACUUCAGUUACCGUGGUUAUCACUGACGUUCCAGUAUCUAAACCCAGGCUUUGGCCUUUGAGCUCUCUGGCGGACAGGUCGACAUGUUGGGGGAAGUCAGUGACUGUGCGCUGUGGAAGCAAAAGGGGCACUGGCAUUCGUUACGUCUGGUACCUCGAGGACCUCCUGCUGUGCCACUCGUCAGACUUGAGCCUCGAUUGCAGCUCGGUGGAAAAAGACAAUGACUAUUACUGUGUUGCCAGUAAUGACAUUAGCAGUGAGAAGAGUGAUCUCAUCUCUGUGGAGGUUCUGAUGCCUGCAGACGACAGCUGCAUCUAUGUGGUUAAGAUUCAGGGCCAACCUAUUUAUGACUGCGCAGACAGAAUGAGGACAACCACAGUCCAACCAACACCUCUGCAAACCUGCCAAGCCACCAAGAACAUCCGCUCUGACACACGAAACCAGUCUCUACAGCUCAAUAAAACUGAUCACAGUCUGUUUUUCAGCAGGACAUGGAGUGGGCUGCCACUCUGGUAUUCAUUGCUGCGCUGGAGUUAUUUUGCGUCCCUGCUGGUAAUUCUGUGCAUAAUUCUUAAAUGUACAAAAACAAGAACCGAAAAAUAUGCCAAGAGGAGGAAGAAGGUUCGUUGCAGGCAGAAUCGUCAUUUGCCUCAGUGACCUGUGUUUCACAGUGGUAGUUCUUUGGAAGGUGUCAGUGUUUGUGAUGUUGGUUUUGUGGUUUUAUUGCCCCAUGCAAUAUUUAUCAAAAUGAUCAUCACUGCAAUUUCUUUAAAGUUAUAGA